AAAACCCACACCCCCCGGGCGGCAUCGACACACCAUCUCCGAGGGCAACAAUGGGGUUUUUCGACCUGAAUAUACCUUACGAGUCCUCAGCUUCUAAUAAGGCCAACCGCAUAAAGCUCGCUACCAAGGCAAUGGAGCUCGGGUACGGCGGGAUCGCCUACAACCACGCCAUGAAGGGCGUGAUGUCCGAACGCGACCGCUGCUCCAUCCCUCUCCUCUCCCUCUCCUCCCUCCUCAAGGCGGCUCCAUCCCUCUCCUUAUCCGUCUCCCACCAUCGCGACCUCCUUGGUGUCCCGCGCUCCUCCCCCUUCCACCAGUACACGCGCCUCACCGUCUUGGCCGACAGCCUCGCCCAGGCUCAGGCUCUGAACUCCGGCAACCAUGUCCUGAAGAGCUACGACCUCGUCGCUGUCAGGCCGCUGAACCAGACCGCCUUCGAUUACGCUUGCGAGAAGUCGGAGGUAGAUAUAAUCGCCAUUGAUUUCUCGGAGUAUCUGCCAUUCCGCGUGAAAAAGCCCAUGGUUAACGCUGCCAUAUCGCGGGGAGUUUAUUUUGAGAUCACUUAUUCCAGAAUCAUCGCGGACGCCCAAGUGAGGAACCAAAUGAUGUCCAAUAUUAAGCUAUUAGUAAACUGUACUCGCGGGAAGAAUCUCAUCGUGUCGAGUGCUGCAGCCUCUGUAACUGAAAUUAGGGGACCAUAUGAUGUUGCAAAUUUUCUCUCUCUUAUUGGGCUUCCUAUGGAGCGUGCAAAGCCAUGUGUAUCGAGAAACUGUAGUACUCUUAUUGCUAAUUCUCUGAGGAAGAAGCGAUUUUACAAGGAGACAAUCAAAGUGGAGGCCAUACCAGCGACGGAGAAGCAGGACAGCAAGGAGCUUUGGUCUCUUGAUUGGGAUGAAUGGGACCCGAUCUCUAGUGGCACCGGAGAGUUGCACUUGGAGGAUUUGGAGAAGUCUCUUUCGGCUUCAAAAGAAGAAUCCAAAACUGUAAAAGCGAUUGACUUUGUAUCGCUUAUGGAAACCAUGCCAUCAAGUGGUUUACAAGUGAUACCAGAGAGAGAGGUUGCAUCACAAACAACAAAAGACGAGCAGAAGACUUCGACUCAUGAAGUUUCUAAAGACCUAGUGAUGGAAACUAUUGAUGCUAAAGAAUACCUGGUUGAAGCUGAUGCUAUCACCAAAGAUUGUUUCAUGGCAGAGCCAUCGAUACCAAGUGAAACAGUUGAUGCUGAAGAUAAUAGAAUUCAUACCGAGCCUACGAAAGAUGAGUUCCUGAGCCUGAAUGGAUCAGAUAUGCCUGUUGAGUCAGAGCAAACUGAUCUUGACGGUCUGGAACCAAGAAAACUGGAGGGUGAUGAUUCAGAUGCUCUGUUGCGGCAUGAAAGCUCUGUGAUUGACACAAAGAUGAGGGAUGUUGACUUGCAUAGUCUGGUAGAUGAUAUAAAUUUCACUAACUGUCAGAUCAACGAGGAGUGUACGCACCCUGACAGUCCUAUCCAGAUUUGUGAAGAGUCUAUCAGAGAAGAUGGGUUGUCCUCUGGAACUGAUGGAGAGUAUCAAAAAUCAGAAGACUUUGGUAACAAGGAUAGGAUAGCUCUGCUUGUGGAUGCAACAUCUCCAAAAGAUACAUCUCCGAUCUCCAGUGAUGUACCCUCAGACGGAAAAGCAAUGGGGCGAAAUCAAACUGAUACAAGCAUACUUGCUGACAGGCUGUCUGCUGUGCCUUAUGACAGGAUGGAACUUAUGAGUGAUACUGUGCCUUUAAGAAAUAAUGAUUUGUCCCGUGAUCAGAUGAAAAUUGCGAUCGAUUCUUCACCAAUGAAAGAUAAGCUGCCGCUUGAGGUAGGCUUGGAAAAUCAGAUACACAGGGUAGAUGAUCAGGGAGCUUCCCAUCAGAUUCCAAGUCUAUCGUUUUCAGCAGGAACGACAAAGGCAGGGAGACCUCUCCGAGCAGUACCUUUCCCAUUCAAGAGACUGUUGGGGCGGCAGAUCAUGAAGAAGCAUGGGCACAAACGUAGAAGAAAGGUUUAACUCAUGGCCUCGAGCGUGAUUGUGUUGCAAGUAAUUUUGCUGACUCAAGCUCCAUAUUCAAGUUCAGGCUUCAGUUGGAUGCCUUCUUGGAUAUGGAAAUUCCAUGUCUGGAGCAAUGAUCUGCAUAUAUCGAAAAAUUUAUCAUAACUCUUUACGUCAUUAUGUUUUUUAUUAUAGCGUUGUUGAUGAAGUAUUGCACCGAAUAUCCUAAAGGAUAUUGGUAAAAUUUUGCACAUCCCUUUAUUUGCCAAGUAAAUGAGAAAAUAUACUAUUGGAUAACAGGAUUCAGUUCUCU